AUGCCAUCCAAAUCGGAGAACACGCCCGAACCCGGAAUCCCUCAAAUCAAUUGCUCCGCCCUAGCUUGUUGUUCGGAUUGGGCGAGAAAUGGAAAUAAAAUAGAACGGAAGAAGGAGAACGCCAGAUCAAUCGACAAAGCCGCUGCACCAGCGGCGCAGAAGCAGAAAAUCCAGCUCGACGAACCUUCAGAUGAACAGAGAAGCGGCAGCGGAAACCCUAGGAAUCCGGAGAAGGGAUGUCUAACGAUGACGGCGACGACAGCGAUUGGUGCGGAGGCGCGUAAACAGUGGUGGUGGUGGUGGUGGUGGAGGUGGUGA